AUGAUAGCUGACAGAAUUCUGCAAGACCUCUCUGGUAAGAAAUCCCAGAAUGAUGGAGGGAUCAAAGAAUAUACACAUGAUCCUGAGUCCUUUAUAGGUGAAAAACCCUCAGAUAGCACAAUGACUCAAGAAACCUUUGGUGUCAAGGAUUUUGCGAUUCCUGACGGGACAUUCUGGGGUUGGAUGUGCGUUUUCUCGUAUUUCAUGACCUCGUUCAUUUGCUGGGGUGGUAAUACUGCUUUCUCUAUCUAUCUAUCAAACUAUCUUCAACACAACACAUUCCACGCAUCAGCAGUGGAUUAUGCCGCUAUCGGUGGUCUAGCUUUCGGAAUAGGGUUUGUUUUUGCUCCAGUUAAUACGUACUUAGUGGGGAUCACUUCUGCUAACUUUGUGGUGUUUCUUGCAGGAUUAUUUCAGUUUGUCGCCCUAUUUACAUCCUCGUACUGCAAGGAGAUUUGGCAAUUGUAUUUAGGUCAAGGGAUCCUUAUGGGGUUUGGGCUUGCCCUAGUAUCCACUCCUAUUCCUGUAAUUAUCCCUCAAUGGUUUGAAAAGUAUCGUUCGAGAGCUUUAUUAUUGGGUGCAAGUGGUACUGGUCUUGGUGGAAUCAUGUUCAAUUUGGCUAUUCAAAAGAUUAUUGAAGAAUGGGGAGUUGCAUGGGCUAGAAGAAUUCAAUCAUUUAUGGUUAUUUCAGUAUGUACUGUUUGCUCUUUAUUGAUUCGCACCAGAAAUGAAAAAAUCAAACCAGAAUUCAAGCCCUUAGACACUAAAAUUCUUUUUUCAUUCCCAUUUAUUGUGAUGUUAUUAUGGCUCAUGUUCACUAUGUUGGCAUACGUUACCACUCAAUACAGUAUGACUAACUCUACGGUUGCCCUUGGUUAUACAGCCAGACAAGGUUCCAUUACCAUUGUGUUGUUCAACGUAGGGGCAAUAAUCGGUCGUCCAUCGACGGGGGUGAUCAGUGAUAAGUUUGGUCCAGUGACCACUGCAACCUUUAUUUAUUUCUUUGCAUCCCUUCUCUGUUUUGCAAUGUGGAUUCCUGCCCGCAAUUUGCCUACCAUGUAUGUCUUUGGCAUAGUUAUUGGCUUCAUCGCAGGGUUCGUGCUUGGUGCCCUUCCUGCUGUCGUUCCUCGUAUUGUUGGAUUAAGAAAACUUCAAGUGGCAUACGGUAUGGCAUAUCUGGUUCUUGGGGCGUCUGGGGUGGUGUCUCCGGUGAUCGGUUUAUCCUUGAGGAAACAUAAGGAGGCGCCAGGACAAUAUACCUGGGUGGCGAUGUUUGCUGGGUUGUGUUUUUUCAUGUCUGGCUUUUGGGCUUUGGUGUUGAGAGCUUAUAUUAUUGCCAAAGACAAACUAACAGGCUUUAAAAAUCCAGACCUUGGAGAAGAUGUGCAAACGAAAGUACCAAUGGCGAUGGUUAUAGAAAAUCUCUUUACAGUGAGACAUAAACAGAAAGUCUGA